CAAGGCAUUAUAUGUCAGUUUCUUUCAACUUUCAACAGAAAACAAUGAAUGGUUUUGCAGAAAGGAGGAAGCGCAUACACAUCAUUAAAAGCCCAUUUUAUAGACUCAUCGUAUUCCUGGGGGACGGCAUCAGACUGACAAAAACAAACCAGAAGAGAAAGCAAGGGGAUGUCCAUGGACCUUUUCUCCAUCAGACAAACAAUCCCACCACACCACCAACGCACACACGCACCCCCUCCUCGCAUCACCUCCCGACACCUCAGCACCGCUUCCACUUCCACAUAGAGCCAGGAGAAACCGGGAAACCCACACCAUCUUCCACAGAGCCCGCCAGAGAUGUUUUCUUCAGUGACUGAGUCCAGGCUAGAGAUCUUUAAUGUGGCUGAUGGGGUCGAAGGAGGAGAGAAGGCCCCCGCUCAGAACGGAGUACACGUGGUGUUCGGGCGCUACCUGCAGCCCUGCCUGGCCGAGCUGUUUGGGACCACCCUGUUUGUCUUUGUCGGCUGUGUGUCUGUGAUCGGGAACCAGGGGGUGGAGGGUGUGGUCCAGCCGGCGCUCGCCCAUGGCCUGGCGCUGGGGGUGCUCAUCACUGUCCUGGGGGAGAUCAGUGGUGGUCACUUCAAUCCAGCUGUGUCUCUGAGCUUGUACCUGUGUGGAGGCAUGGAGCUCCCCCUGCUGGGCCCGUACAUGGUAGUCCAGACGUUGGGGGGGAUGAUAGGCGCCGGUCUGGCCAAGGCGGUGUACCCCGCUGCCCUGUUCAACGCUGCGUUCGGCGGGGCCUUCACCGCCGUUCAGCUCCCCGCCCAGGCAGCCGGGGCCGCGGUGGCGGAGACGGUGGUGACCCUGUUCCUGACCUCGGUGGUGUGCCUGGGGGUCGCCAACGCUCGCACCCGCAGCCAGAUGGCUCCGCUCUGCAUCGGCCUCACCCUCAGCUCCUGCGUCCUCGCCGGAGGGGCCGUGUCCGGGGCCUGUAUGAACCCAGCCCGAGCCUUCGGCCCAGCGGUGGUGGCCAACUACUGGAACUAUCACUGGAUCUACUGGGUGGGGCCCCUCUGUGGGGCCCUUCUCACUGUCACCUUUGUUCGGCUGUUGUUUGGGGACCAGACGACGCGUGUCUUACUGAAAUAAAACAUCUUACGUCGACGGAUCACCGGCAGCACUGCCAUGUUGAUGUCAGACCAAAACAACCAAGAACUUGUGGGUCAACUCUGUUUUCUCAGGAGCAGCUACAUACAUUUAUUUUUGUCCAAUGUAUGUUACAUUUUUGGAUUCAAAACCCAUUCAUAAACCAUGCAUUUUAAGUAUUUAGUUUAUUCAUGUGUUGAUAAUCAUCAUAUAGGAGUUGUACAAUGUAUUGAAAGUCUGGAGGUGAAUAAAGUUGCAACAAAA